GCAAAACUCGGUAGAUUGUGUAUUUUUUGGGGGCCAAAGCUUGCAUGCCGCAGGUCUUUGAAGCAGGAUUUUACGUCUUCCAAGUUAAUUGUGGUCCUCUUCACUAACUUGAGACAUUGUAAAGUCUGAUAGAGGACGGAAUCUGCCUUUAAUUCAAGGAUGGCUUCCAAGCAGGCCGAAAGGCAGGAGAAUAAGGACACCAGUGGUUCAAAGGGGCUGCCUUCAACACCCCAAACUGCCGCCCCGUUUUUCGACACUGGCCGCGGCGUCUACUACGACCCCGCUUCGAAUGAGACGGUCGCCCUCGAGCCCCCGAAAGACGACCCCCGGUCGGGCCUGGUGGUUGAGCACGUGCCUGUGGAACAGGCAAUCAAGGAGGCAGAAAUGUCCGGUAGAAGGCUCCCCGAGCCCGGCCCCUGGCAAGAAGUCGGGCGGGGCGCUGAGGCGUCCAGAGAAGAAGCCGAGAAGCAGUCGCAGGGGCAGUGAAGACUUAGGAGGCGUUUAUUGUUAGAUUGAAUAGCUUGGGACCGAGGGGAUGCCCGAAGCAUCUGGG